AAGAUGGCAGCAGCGGCGGCGGUGUCUGGCGCGCUCGGCCGUGGGGGCUGGAGGCUCCUGCAGCUGCGGUGCCUGCCCGUGUCCCGCUGCCGACCAGCCCUAGUACCACGUGCCUUCCAUGCUUCAGCUCUGCAGCUAAGGUCUUCAGGUGAGCAGAAGCAGCAACCUCCCCCCUCUUUUUCUCAGCAACAUUCUGAGACACAGGGGGCAGAAGAACCCAACCCAGAGUCUUCUCAUCCACCUCCCAGGUACACAGACCAGGGUGGCGAGGAGGAGGAGGACCAUGAGAGUGAGGAGCAACUGCAGCACCGCAUCCUGACAGCAGCCCUGGAGUUCGUGCCUGCCCAUGGAUGGACAGCAGAGGCGAUUGCAGAAGGAGCCCAGUCUCUGGGUCUCUCCAGUGCGGCAGCCAGCAUGUUUGGGAAUGAUGGCAGUGAGCUGAUCCUGCAUUUUGUGACCCAGUGCAAUGCUCGGCUCACCCAAGUGCUGGAAGAGGAGCAGAAGCUGGUACAACUGAGCCAGGCAGAGAAGAGGAAGACAGACCAGUUCCUGAGGGACGCAGUGGAAACCAGACUGAGAAUGCUGAUCCCGUACAUUGAACACUGGCCCCGGGCCCUCAGCAUCCUCAUGCUCCCUCACAACAUCCCAUCCAGCCUGAGCCUACUCACCAGCAUGGUGGAUGACAUGUGGCAUUAUGCUGGGGACCAGUCCACUGACUUCAACUGGUAUACCCGCCGAGCUGUGCUGGCUGCCAUCUAUAACACGACAGAGCUGGUGAUGAUGCAGGACUCCUCCCCAGAUUUUGAGGAUACUUGGCGCUUCUUGGAAAACCGGAUUAAUGAUGCUAUGAACAUGGGCCACACUGCCAAACAGGUGAAGUCCACUGGAGAGGCACUGGUGCAAGGACUCAUGGGUGCCGCAGUGACGCUCAAGAAUCUGACAGGUCUAAACCAGCGCCGGUGAGCAAGAACGGUUAUAAGAGUGCCCAGAAGAAAACCUGCGGAUAUAGUUAAAGGGCGUUGAAAAGUAUGACGUGCCAUCCACAGGACAGGGCGUUAAUGGGAAAACACUGAAGGACUCCUGAGUCACCACCAUAGCCACCUGGAAACCACAGGGCACUUGGUGAUAGAGUUGUAACCCAGGAUUGGGCGACUUCUUCAGUUGCUAGUACCAAGCCCAGCCUCCUGAUGCCUUUCUGCAUUGCAGCUGUGUGAUUGAAAAAUGAGGCUCUCACCCAAGCGUUCAAGCCACAGAAACCCAGCACGUGCCUAUCAUGGUCUCACUGGCACCUUGAUCAUAUCUUAACCUCCCUAGAAAUGCUCUCUGGGACUCCCAAGUCAGGUUCUGAAGCCACCCUGAGUGGCAGCUGAUCCACAGCACAGCAUAGGCACGUGCACCCAGAGGUGUUCCUUGCAGCCCUUUUCCUUUUCAGCAUCCUGAGAUACUGUACCUGGGACACUCCCACCCUCCCUCAGAAAGCUGCCCACCUGAGACAGGUGCCUGCUGGACAGUGGUUCACACAGCCUGGCCAGAGGUGUGAUCCCAGGCCUGGUGUCUCAUUACACCAGUGUGCGUGGCAGGAUUAUUAGUGAACUUAGAGUCUGUAAAAAUAAUAAUAAAUAUGUUUGAAUCAGUU